AUGUCCCAAAUCUGGCUCAUCACCGGCACCUCCUCAGGCCUAGGCACUGAAUUCGUCACCCAGGCCCUCGCCCGCGGCGACAAAGUCAUUGCGACCGCCCGCGACAUCACCAAAAUCGCACACCUGGCAGCCGCCGGCGCCGCGACCAUGCAACUCGACGUGACAGCUCCCCAGGCGGAAAUGGAUGCGAAAGCCGUCGAGGCGAUUGCCGUGUAUGGACGAGUUGAUGUCCUCGUCAAUAAUGCGGGAUACAUGCAGUUCGGCACGCUCGAGGAUCUGAAAUACGAGGAUUACCUGUCUCAGUUCAAUACGAAUGUCUUCGGGAUCAUCAACAUCACCAAGGCAUUCCUGCCGCAUUUCAGACAAAGGAGGCAAGGCGUGGUCGUCGCCAUUGGCUCGAGCGUUGCGUGGAAGGCGUUUCCCACCGUGGGGGCUUAUUGUGCUUCCAAGGCUGCGCUUCACUCUAUAAUGGAGACACUGAGUCAAGAGACAGCCUCCACGGGUAUCAAAACUCUCCUCGUGGAGCCCGGGCAGUUCCGCACAAACAUCCUCGACGCCACGAAGAGCAUGUUUGUCGAGACUUCUGUCCCAGAGUACCGGGACCUCGUCGAUGCGUCGCUUACAAUGUUCCGUAGCGCGAAUGGAAGGGAGACUGGGGAUCCGAGGAAGGGGGUUGCGCGGGUCAUUGAUGUGGUCAAGGGGGAGAAUGCGGCGCGGGGAAAGGCGUGGCCAAACCUGCUGCCGUUGGGAGGAGAUGCUGUGGACGCCUUAAGGGGGAAGUGUUUGGACACGCUGAGGAUGUUGGACGAGUGGAAGGAUGUUUCGACUGGAACGGACUUUGAGGUUUAG